AUGGAGUCAAGAUCAUUGGUGAACUUCAGUGGACACCAAUAUUUGCGACAACGUCUAGUGCUCUCCAUUCUCACCGGAAAGAAUGUUCGAAUUGAUAAAAUUCGCUCCCAGGAUAAGGAUCCUGGUCUGAGAGACUACGAGGUUAGCCUCCUGCGGCUGCUGGAAAAAGUCACUAACGGGUCCGUAAUUGAAAUUUCAGUGACCGGUACCGCUGUGCUUCUCAAACCAGGAGUCGUGUCCGGUGGUCCCAUUAUUCAUGAUUGUCCACUGUCACGUUCAAUAGGUUAUUUCUUGGAGCCGCUGAUAAUGAUUGCGCCCUUCUCAAAGAAGCCGUUUCAGCUGACCCUGCGAGGCAUAACAACAGAUGAAAAUGAUCUUUCUGUUGACCUCAUCCGUACUGUCACACUACCUCAUCUCCAACUUUUCGGUAUCUCUGAUGGAUUGGAGCUUCGGAUAAAGAGACGUGGUGCUCCUCCAGAAGGUGGAGGGGAAGUACAGUUCCUCUGUCCUAUUGUUAAAGAAGUAAAAACUCUGAACUUUGUUGAUCCUGGCAAGAUCAAACGAAUCCGAGGCAUUGCGCAUGCCGUCCGUGUAAACCCGCAGUUCUCUAAUCGCAUGAUCGACGCAUCACGUUCGGUUCUCAACCGCUUCAUCCCCGACAUCUACCUGUACUCCGACGUUUAUAAAGGAGAUGAGAGCGGAAAGUCACCGGGAUAUGCCCUGAGCUUACUCGCGGAAUCCACUACAUCUGCCAUACAUUGUUCUGAAGCUGUAUCCACACCAGGUGAAACACCCGAAGAUAUAGCUCUGUUAGCAACUAGGGCCCUUUUGUCGGAGAUUAGACAUGGAGGAUGUGUUGAUAGAAAACAUCAAUCUCUAGUCCUGUUGAUGAUGGUACUAGGUAGUGAAGAUAUCGGUCAAUGUAGGAUGGAAGAGCCCUCCGUUAGAACCAUUCAAUUUCUCCGUGAUAUCAAGAUCUUCUUCGGCUCCGUCUUCAACAUCACACCCAUAGAUCCCACAGAUUCCUCCAACACCGAAUUGCUCUACUCCUGUCUUGGGACUGGCUACGUGAAUGUGAACCGGUCACUAGCGUAG